AUGACUGGCACCAACUCUGCAAAGCGCGGCAAAUUUCCUCCGCCACCUCCUAAGAAAAGGUCAUCCAAGCUGGACUUCAAGCGAGUUGAUCAGGUUUGGGACACCAUAAUCCAUAACUACAGACUCCAGGAGACGUCGACGGCCACCUCAAACUCACAGUAUGAUGGAUAUGUUCUUCAAGUCAGACGUACCUUUGAUUGGGAGGGCAAGUACCAGACCACCUUUCUCGAUGUCAAAAGCAAGGUUCUGCGCGAGUGCCUUCAGGAAGUGAUAGGCAACAUCAAGGGAAUCAGCUUGGUCGAUGAGACGCCAAAGCUAAAUCCUAACAUUGUGUUCUUGUACUUGGAAGACUUGCGCAAGUACCGCAAGGCGUUAAGCAAAAUUUCGGCCAAGGACCUUGACAAGAAAGAGCGCAAGAAGUUCAAGAAUGACAUCGAGAACAAGCGCCAGCAUCUCAAAGUACUACUCAAAUAUCUCGAUAAGGACUACGCCGAAGUCAAGAAGAGCCUCUAUCCCAUGUUGGAAAACGGUCUCAUCACCUUCGAUCUUCUCUGGGCUCUGUUUAAGCCCAACACGCUCAUCUACACCACCACUUACGGGUCCUCCGAUGAGCCUCGUGUAUUCAAGGUGGAACAAGCAGAGAAGAUGAACAGCAUGACGAAGGGGGAAUUCUACUUACUCGAUGGCAAGUACAUGGAAUAUGACGGGAAGCAAUUCGGUUACGGCACACUCUGCGAGGAAAUCCCGGAGUUCCGAGGUGCCCGGAAGAUUAGCAGCCUCAACGCCUUCCCCCUCGAAUUUCACAAGGAGAAGCAAGCCAUCAAGACAACCCUGAUCGAACGCGGCAAAAAGUUCGUCAACCUCGGUGGCGUGAACUAUCGAAGUCAUCAGGGCUUGGCGUACUAUAAGAAGAAGAGGAGCAUCAUCAAGGUCAACAUCAACGGACGCAUCAUGGUUGAUCCCUCUGUCCACCGGAGGAUCAACCCGAACUACCAAGUGUCUGUCGUCAGACCCAAGGACCACGAUAUCUUAUCUGAUUCAGAGGAAUCCGACGACGACGAAAAACCUUGCGAGAAAGAUGAUUCUUCCUCGGAGAACGCCUGCGGUAGCGACGACGAUGCGGGUUGCGGGAAGAUGGUCACCAAGGUUGUUCGCGAUGGGAAGGGUAAGGUCCACAUGCUUCGAAUCCCCAAGUCCAUUGUCGAGGAUGCUGCCACGCCGGAGACACCGUUGGAGCGGGUUGACGAAGCCAAAACCGGCGAGGAAUCCAACGAGCCACAGGAUAGUGACAAGACGAAGAAUGUGCCAGAAUUCUCUGACGAGGAUUACCUCAUUGCAUCAUCUGUUGUGUUGGGAUUUUCCUUUUCUGAAAAGCUCUGGCUCGAGUUCACCGUCUCCGGAGUCAAUGAAAUUCAGUGGAAUAAUGGCGCGUACGAGUCUCUGGUCUUAGAGCCGAAGCAGAAGGACAUCGUCAAGGCUCUCGUUGAGUCGCACAAGUACCAUGCUACUGAGAGCAUCGACGAUGUCAUCCAAGGCAAAGGAAAAGGCCUUGUUGCCGUUCUCCAUGGACCGCCCGGAACUGGCAAGACGCUCACGGCUGAGGGCAUCAGCGAACUCCUCAAGUGCCCCUUGUACAUGGUUUCCGCGGGAGAGCUAGGCACCGACUCUCGAUACCUCGAGACGGAGUUGCAGAAGAUCCUCGACAUCUGCCAUGCCUGGGGCGCCAUCCUUCUUCUUGACGAGGCUGAUGUUUUCCUCGAGAAGAGGAAUCUCCAUGAGAUCUCACGCAACGCACUGGUUAGUAUCUUCUUGCGACAGCUUGAGUAUUUCCAGGGCAUCCUAUUCUUGACGACCAAUCGAGUCGAGACCUUUGACGAUGCAUUCCAGUCACGUAUUCACAUUGCCUUGCGAUACGACAGUCUCACCCAAAAGGCUAAAAAAGCUAUUUUCAAGAUCUUCGUAGAGCGAGUCCGUAUUCUCGAGAAGGUUGACCUCAAGCCCUUCACCGAGGGUGACUAUGAAAGUCUGGCAAAACAUGAUCUUAACGGUCGCCAGAUCAAGAACACAAUCCGGACCGCCCAGGCCUUGGCCGUCAACAAGGGUGAGCCUCUUGGCAUGGAGCACAUCUCGCAGGUCUUGGACGUUCAGAACAGCUUUGAUCUCCAUCUGAAGGGUGGAGAAUCCUACAAGGAUGCCAUGAGAAGCUAUUACUGA